UCGAUGCUAAAUAAACAUUCUGUGUCGCUAAAGAAACAUUCAUGCAUUUAAGGGUUAAUACUUCAUUUUAAAAGUAUAUUAUUAAACAUAUACUGCAUCAUCAGAUCUAUGAUGUGGCUGGUGGGAGGGGGUGAAUGUGGUUUUAGCUACACAGCUUCCUUGUAAUUCAAACCACUCGUUGACCACACAGAGACUUUUCAUCCCAAUGACCGGCAAUGGCAUCAGCAUCAAUCAUAAUCUUCACUGCUCUUUUGGUCAUCAACAAAGGGUCCAGAGCUGAAGAUACUGUGUAUGUGGAAACAGGAGCUUCUGUUCAACUGGAUAUACAGAGAGAUAAACUACCUGAUGAGAUUGAAGAAAUAUACUGGCAUAAUGAAAAAUCAGACACUAUAGUGAAAUAUUAUAAUGAAUCUAAAAGGGUAAAAUAUUACGAUGACUAUAAGGACAGAGUGGAUUUCAAUAACAAAACCUUCUCUCUAACACUGAAGAACAUGAAGAAGACAGACAGUGGAGUUUAUACAGCUAAAAUAACUGGAAAAUCAAAUAGAGACUCUGUACACAGGGUAUCUGUUAUAGAUGCAGUAAAGACUCCUGAUCUGACUCUCAUCUCCAUCUGGUUAAACGGUAACUCCUGUAGUGUAAACUUCACAUGUAGAGCUCAUGACCUCAAACUUAACUCCACUUAUAAUAAUGCCAGCUGCUCUCCAGAGGAAGUGACAUCACAUGAGAAGUUUACUCUCAUCCUGAUCUGUAGUAAUGAUACCAUCAUCUGUAACCAUAGCAACCCUGUCAGCUGGGAAACAAACAAAAUAAACAUUCCUCAGAAUUGUGAAGAUCCAAAGAAACCAGAACAACAAAUCGAUUCCAUCACACAUCGCAACGUGGUGAUCUGUAUGGUGGCAGUGGUGUUGGUGGUUUUGUUGAUUUUUUUAUUCAUCCGUGGGAAAAUAAAUAAAGGUACCAAACAGAAACCUAAUACAGUCUAUGAGGAAGUUAAUACUAAGAUUAAACCAAUGGAAACAAUCAAAGGUGACUCUCAUAUAUAUGAUCAGAUCCUGGCUCAGACAAAAGAGGAAAAGGAAGAAAACAGCACAAUCUACCACACAGUGGGGCAACACCUCCAGCAUCAGGCCAGAGAUUAAACUUAUUCACAAGUGUGCAAACAACCACCUAAGUGACCAGACACCGCGUUAUCUAACUGUACCUGAGAUUAAAAUGAAAACAACGUCUUGGCAGUCAUGAAGAAGAUACACAAGUUAAUUUGUUCAGUUGCAUAAAUGCAAUCUUACAGAAGAAUAUAUAGAAAUUAGAGCCCGACCGAUUUAUCGUUUUGCUGAUUUUAUCGGCUGAUAUGAGCCUGUCGCUGAUAUAUCUGUAUCGGCGUAUAAGCCGCAGAUAUGAAGCCUAUAUGAACGUUCCUUACAGAAGACAUUAAAUGCUUUUGAAAGAUGUAAGUACUUGUUUUUCCAGCAGAGUGCGCCCUACUGGUUGCGCAUGGUGACCCAGGUCACUCACUGUAGUGACACCAGCCAACCCCCCUUCACUUCAGUCAGUCCCUCAGUUCAGGUGGAGGCAGCCACGCGGUUUCUUCACAACAUUUUACACCUGGUAUUAAGACGCGCUUUGGUUGAUUGGAUUAUAAGUGGGCGAGAAAGACACAUUGCCGGUUUACAUUUGGUGUUUUUAAUCCGUCUCUUUUGUCCACUUGCGAGUUGUUUAAAACGCAAGCGAAAGAAAUGACGCGAGGUGGAGAAAGGACGCGCUUUAACUGCCGCGCAGUCUGUGGGAGUACAGCUGCUUGUGCUGUUACUGAACAUGCUAAAUUAAAGAGCCGGAGAGAAGACGCUUUAGUUUGAUAAAAGUUUAAAGUACCGGCAGAACACUGUGGGUUCGUGUUAUAAAAACGUUGUGCAGUAUAUUAAACAUAAGCCUACAUCAUUAUGUUGUCAGCAAGUCAAGCAUUGUCGUCUUAACGGUAAGUUUCUAAUUAAUUUGUGAAGUACAUAACUUAUUGUAAAGCUAAUAAACAAUGACUUUAUAAGUUUCCAUUUUCAAAAUAAGCCCAAUAUAACAUUAUUCUCGUCAAAACUGACAAUCAUUUAAGUUAUAUGUAUUUUGUUUUGUUUGUGUUUUAAAGUUAUUUAUAAUUAGUCAAGUUUACUGUUUUGUGCACUUAUAUCAGAAUCAUUUUGAAUAGUAAAGUUUAUUGUUAACUUGUAAAACACACCUGCCUACAGUAUAUUACAUAUAUUUGUCACGUCAUUUUAAGUGUUUGAUCACCACAUUUGUGAGUGAUCAUUGCAAAAAAAGUAUUUAUAUAUAGUAUAUUCUGUUAAUGUAUAUAGUGUAUUAUAUGUACAGUAGCCUGCUGUAGUAUAAUGUACUGUAGUAUAUGUGUACUGUACUAUAAUAUACACAUAAAGAAUACCGGCCGAUAUAUCGUUAUCGGUGUUUUUUUACUCCCUAAUAUCUGUAUCGGCAACGGCCCCAAAAAAUGCAUAUCGGUCGGGCUCUAAUAGAAAUGUACUUUUAUUUCAUUAAAUGUAUAGCUCACUGUUAGAAUUUAAAUGUUGUUCCCCCACACCCCACAUUUAUAUAUUUGAUAUAUUUUUAUAGAACCUUGUAUAUUUCUUUAUUUUUAUACUCGUUUGAUUAAUGAAGCAAUGAAACCGUUCAUUUAUCUUGUAUUUACCAAGUUGAGAUUGAGUUGUGACAUUUCCCUUGGCUAUGCACAAAAGCUUGAUAUGGGCUGAUCAGUCCAGGUCAUGAAGUUCGACCAGACUUUCCUGUUCCAAUCUCCCCUCCUCGUUUGCACCAUACAACUGUCUAAGCAUGAUUAUUUAUGUAUCCGUAUCCAGAUGUUCUUGCGAAGGGACCGAUCAUGCGAUUGUUCUCCAGACAUGUUUGCUCAAUAGCUGCUCCCAUGAUUCUUCUAGACAUUAUCUAAUGUUCAUCAGGUAAUGUUCAUCAGUGCUUCCUUUCUGUACCCUAUAUAAUGUGAAGUCUGUGUAAUAAACUUUGGUCUAUGUUCGAACGGCA